AUGUUAUUACUUGCAAAGGGAGAUUCUGCUCUCCGAGCCGGAGUCAAAACACGUCCUUUAACAUGCUUCUGGGUGACCUCUAGUGCCAUUCGUGGACGUCUUAUGGGGAAGCUAGGAUGGUAUCAGCCAUGGUAUAUAGCCGGAAGCAUUUUGAGCAUUCUCGCUGGUGUCUUUCUGAGUCGUAUCAACAUCACCACAUCCGAUGCUGUCAUAUACGGACUUCAAGUCUUAUCUGGAGUAGGAACGGGCUGCUAUGGCCAAGCAGGUUUUGCAGUAGCACAACGUCUAGUACCUCCGGCCGAUUUUCAUCGCGCAAUAUCCCUCAUGUUGAUUGCGCAACUCAUUGGAACCACACUUGGUCUUGCGAUUGCUGGAGCCAUAUUUCAGAAUUUUUCACUACCUCGGGCGCGGCAAGUAGUGCCAUGCUUCUCAGCUUCGCAAUUGAGUAAUCUAAUCACAAAAAUUGGCGGUGGUCUUGAUGAUCAAGUGAAUGAAGUGCAGACUAAGGAGGUUCUCACCAUCAUUGUUGAUGCUCUGACAGAUACAUAUAUCCUCAUUUACGCAGCAGCAACUCUGUCCCUGGUACUCUCAAUAUUCUUCACCCCCAAGAAGCUUUGGUAG